GUUUGAGCGGUUCGAGCUCUCUUCUUCCGCCUUUCUCUCUGACCGGGCCCAUCCUUCUCAGAGGAAAGUUCCUGGUCGUUAAACGCUAUUUGUCACUAAAUUCUGCCUCGUAAAGUCGAGUCAGUGCGAUAAUAAACACCGCAGCGCCCAACUUUGACAAGAAGACGAAGAGGAGUCGCUUAGGAUGCAGAGUUUCAGUUUCUGACCUUGCCUGCAGCUGGUCUCACUGAAAACUAGGGACUGCCAAGAUGCGUUCCAGUGUGGGCGUACCACCAGACCCACUUGGCAGUGGAGAGGCUCAUAGCAAUAGCAAUAGCAAUAGCAAUAACAAUAAUAACAGCAGCAACAACAGCAGCGAAGUCAAUGGAAACUCCGGUUCCCAGUAUGCCCUGUGUGCUUUGGGGGUUGGACUUGUUGCCCUUGGUAUUGUGAUGAUCGUGUGGAGUGUGGUACCUGGAGAUCCCGUUGAUAAUAGCAGCAGCAGCAAUCCAGGAGCAGGCAACGAUGGCAGAAAGAGUAAGGCGUCUUCCGUGGCCUUCAUCCUGACAGGCUGUGGAGUGGCUAUGCUCCUGCUGUCAUUAUGUCUGGGAAUGAGAAACAAACAGAGGGAGCAACUACAGCUCCGGGAGGCCCAAAACCACAGCAGAGCGGCAACGAGGGAGCUGGAGGAAAGAGAAAUUGCUGAGCAGGAAGCCCAGCGUUAUGCUGUGCCCACGUAUGAGGAGGCAGUAGGCAGUGGCCAGUACCCCGUCACUCAGAGCAGCCUUCGCCCAAGCAUCUCCCAGCUGCCUUCCUAUGACGACCUGGUGCGAGUCGAUGGUGUACAGUACGAGAAUGAGGGGUCAGAGGACACAGUUACCGGAUCACGGCCUGCCGUGGUUUCGAGCGGUCCCUCCGCUGCUGCUGCUGUUUUUGCAUCAAACCAUAGACCUGGGAAAACUAAUCGUAAGCUUCUCCCUAUCAAAAUCCGCAGGAUUAAAUCAGAGAAGCUGCACAUGAAAAAUACUGAUAACUCUCAGCCUGCAGCUGGAAUCAGUGUUGAACCACUAACCCCACCGCCGCAGUACGAGGAUAAAGUGCCUCCACUUUGAGCUCAAGCCGAUCAUGUUUGGAACGAUCUAGUGGAAUUCCUGGAAUCCCCGCCCUAGAUCACCUUUUGAGGAUUUGAGUCUGCCUUUGCAAGCCAAGACUUGGAGUAUGGCUUCAUGUAGAAUGUUGGUGCUGUGGUACUUUGUAAUAAAAUACAUGCUCUGUACAAAAUGAUCAUCCACGCCAAAGAAAUCCAAAGCACUGAAAGGAAGAAAACUUCAUUUACUUUGGAUCCCAGAAAUGGAUGCAGACAGUAAAGGACACACUUCCUUACUGUGACACGUUUUCUCAGACUGUGGCACAUUGGAUUUCGGAUGCAGCACAUGCAGGGUUUUUUAUGUUAUAGAAUAUACAAAUUACCUUCAUGUUAUUGGCCUCCACUGUACACCGACUGUAUGGUUUGAUGGUGAAAGAGAGCACAAGUCAGGAGGUGGGGGGGUAACAGUGAAGUGUUGAGGCUUUUUUAAAUAGCUAUAACUACCCUUUAGGCAUCAGGAUGCUUAGGAUUAGCACUACCUGUAGUUUACUAAAUGGAAGCUCCACAGUGCCUGAGCAUUGCAUGCACUUUGGUGGCGUGACCUGAAUCAGGCAGCACAGAAACUCUCCCUCAUUAU